AUGGAUCCAGAAGGUCAAACAGCCUAUACUGCAAACCACACUGAACCCUCCUGUGACCAGUCCGGCGGGGCCGUGCUGCUUGGCGGGCCUUCUCUGGGGACCACCCCCUUCACACCCACCUGUCACAUCACCAGACCCCACCGGAGAGUGCAGGACUGGCUCAUCAAAGCCGCCAAGCCAGUCCUGAUACUGGGGGAUUCCAACAUCUCCAGAAUCCCUCCCCAUAACAACCCCCUCAUCCAGCUGGACGGCUACCCAGGGGCUAAACACAGAGUCUUAACAGCAAUCUGCGUUCCUCCUCUGUUGUUCACAGACCGAGUGUUCGCUGAAGAAGAAACAACCAAUCAGCUGUACCAGGUCAUUGCUAAACCUCUUGUUGUUUCCACUGUUGAGGGAUACAAUGGAACCAUAUUUGCUUAUGGACAGACUUCUUCCGGAAAGACUUUCACCAUGAUGGGGAGUGACCGUACUCCUGGAGUGAUACCUCUGGCUGUGGAGGACGUCUUCCAUACCAUCAAAAAUUUUCCAAAGAAGGAGUUCCUUCUUAGAGUUUCUUACAUGGAAAUCUACAACGAAACUGUGAGUGAUCUGCUCGUUGAUAGCUGGAAGAGAAAACCCCUGGAAGUCAGAGAGACAAUCGAUAAAAACAUCUAUGUAUCUGACCUGACGGAGGAAGUGGUCACGUCUCCUGCACAAGCCCUGGCCUGGGUUCGGAAAGGAGAAGAGAACCGUCACUAUGGAAAGACAAAAAAGAAUGAGCGGAGCAGCCGCUCGCACACCAAUUUCCGAAUGAUCCUGGAAAGCCGAGAAAGGACCGACCCAUCCGGUGAAAAUGCUGAUGGAGCCAUUAUUGUGUCUCAUUUGAAUUUAGUUGAUCUAGCUGGAUCUGAGAGAGCAAGUCAAACAGGAGCAGAAGGCACACAUUUCAAAGAAGGUUGCAAUAUCAAUCGCAGCCUGUUUACACUCGGCCAAGUGAUGAAGAAACUGACAGAUGAAAGCCAGAAGGGCUUCAUUAACUACAGAGACAGUAAGCUAACCCGCAUCCUGCAGAACUCCUUGGGUGGAAACGCUAAAACGGUCAUAAUCUGCACCAUCACUCCUGUCACUCUAGAUGAGACCCUCAGCACUCUGCAGUUUGCCAGCACUGCAAAGAAAAUGAAGAACGACCCUCAUGUGACGGAGGUGUCUGAUGAUGGGGCUCUGCUCAAAAGGUAUCGCAAUGAAAUUGUAGACCUCAAACGUCGACUUAACGAGGUUUCUUCAGUCACACAGACCACAGCGAUGGAGAAAAAGGUUCUCUCCCAGCUGCUGCAAGAAAAGGAUCAGCUCCAGAGAGAACAAGAAGACCGGAUCAGAAACCUGACCAAACUGAUGGUCACCAGCUCAAACCUGAUUCCUGUUCGAAAUCUUCCAAAACGCAGGGUCACGUGGGGAGGUAAGAUGGUCAGAGUUGCCCGUCGGUCUGCAUGUGAUGGGGGUUCAUCUGACCUUAGCUUUGCACAAUCUUUCACUCGGAAGAGGAAAGCCGACGGCUCCUGUCUGAUGGAACUGGAUGAAGAUGACGAGGAUUUUGACUCUCGCUGGGAGACUCCUGAUGAGCCUUCAGAUGAAAUGGAUAUGAGUCGGAGUUCUGUGACUGUUCGAAGCUUUGAAGACAGUCCCAAAGACUUUGUGUCUCGAGACCGUAUGUGUGAGCUUUCUGGGAAAGUUUCCAACUUAGAGCUGCAGCUAGAGAUGGAGGCCCAGCAGAAACAGGAGGCCGCGGACAAAAUACAGGCAACAGAACAGAGGGCAGCAGAGCUGGAGCAGAAGCUUGAGAUGGCGGUCCAGCAGAAACAGGAGGCUGUGGAAAAGAAGACAAAUGAGUUUGCAGAGACAAUCCAGCUGUGUGAAACUCUGGCUACAGAGAAGGACGUGGUGCUUGCUGAGCGGGACUAUCUAAAGCAGGAGCUUGGGAUGUUCAUAGAGCAGAUUGAAUGUCUGGAGAAAGAGAAAGCAGCUCUGUCUCAGGAGAAGAGAGAGACGGAUGAGUUCUUGUCUCUUGAGAUCAAGUUCAUGAAAGAGUAUGAGAAUGAGUUGCAAAAUGAGAUCACCGACUUGAAAAAGACCAUCGAAGGCUCUGAGCUUCAAUGCCGAGAGCUUCAGAACAAGCUAGAAAAGCUGACUGAUGAACUGAAGAAGAAAACUGAAUUUGCAGAGGACCUUCAGAGUAUGAGCGGUAAGGACUUGGUGCAGGAGGUGGUGUCGCUUCGUCGCUCUCUAGAUGACGCUGAGGGGCUCAGCAGAGAUGCAAAGAAGGACUGGGCUGUCCUGCGCAGCCAAAACAUGGCAGUGGAGGAGAUGAAUGUAAGUGAGAUUAUCACACAACACUUCGAGUGUCGGAAAAUCUACUUAGCCGUUAAAAAGGUGGUUUAA